AUGCCUCAACUCCUGGCUAAUAGCAGUUGACAUGAACAGGCUGCUGUAUAUUAUGCAUCAGAAUCCAUUGUCUCCAUUGCUAUCUUCACCAUCGUCUUCAUCAUAGGUAUCCCAGGCAAUGGAUUGGUGAUCUGGGUAGCUGGUCUGAAAAUGAAAAGGUCUGUGAACAUUGUUUGGUUCCUAAACCUUGCUGUGGCUGACUUCACAUGCUGCUUGUCCUUGCCAUUUUCUGUUCACCAUCUGGCCCUCCAUGAACACUGGCCGUAGGGUUGGUUCCUCUGCAAAGUCAUUCCAUCAGUCAUAAUCUUCACCAUGUUUGCUAGCAUCUUCCUACUUGUGGCCAUCAGCACUGACCAGUGCCUCCUGGUGAUGAAACCUGUCUGGUGUCAAAAUAAUCGAACAGUGAAAUUUGUAUCACUAAUAUGCAGUGGUGUUUGGAUCCUGGCCUUCAUUUUCUGCUGUCCUGUCUUCCACUACCAUGACAGUAGUGCUCAUGAUGGCAGAACUGAAUGUGGGUACAAUUCCGGACAUGAUGAGGUGCUAGAUGAUGAUUCUGUAAAUGAGUUAUUGGAAGAAUACUCACCUUUAGCCUACAGCCGUAAUGACUCAUGGGGAAAUUUCUAUGAAGGUGAUUAUUCUGUAUCCCUUGCCUUAGUGGUAAUCAUCACUAGGGCUGUCUUUGGCUUUGUACUCCCCUUUGGCAUAAUGGCAGUUUGCUGUGCCCUUACUGCUUUCAGAACGCGCACACAUCAGUUUCACAAGCCACGCAACAAGAUGCUGCGAACAAUUGUGCUCGUGGUAGCUGCAUUCUUCAUCUGCUGGGCUCCAUACCACGUAGUGGGGAUUCUGUCCCUUGUACCUACUCCUGGAACAGGACUAAGGGAGUCAUUUAUCCUCUGGGACCACCUCUCUACAGCACUUGCAUAUGCCAACAGCUGCAUCAACCCCCUGCUCUAUGUUUUUGUGGGACGGGGCUUCAGGGGAAAGGCACGGCAAUCAGUGCAAGGAAUCUUGGAAGGUGCCUUUACUGAGGAACCAACAUGUUCGAUCCCUUACUCCCUUGACAGAAGCAAGACUUCAACAGAGAAGGACAUUAGCAGCACAGUGUAA